UAUUUUCGAGAAUUUCCAGCAGGCAAGCCCGCUCUGGAGAUCAGGAACAACGGAGGAGGCGAUCGAAUUGACAGGCCCUUCCGUUCCCUCCGUUGGCUAAUGAACACAUUCGCAGGACCAUAACCACGAGUUUCAUCUCUUGAAGACAGCACACUCCUGUUCCUCUGGCCUUUCCCUCAUUGCUAAGCCCCCUGGAGCUGCGUUAUGUCAACAGCUGCCUUAAUUACUCUGGCUAGACAUGGCCGUCACCAGGUGAGAAGGCGGGUGCUGCUCAGCUCCCGCCUGCUGCAGGAGGACCGGCGUGCCGCGCCGGCCCGCCACGGUUCCACCUCCGAGCGCAGAUGGUCCCGCUUUGACCCGGAUGGCAGCGGGCGGCCAGCCACCUGGGACAGUUUUGGGAUCUGGGAUAACCGCAUUGAUGAGCCAAUUCUGCUGCCACCCAGCAUUAAGUAUGGCAAGCCCAUCCCCAAAAUCAGCUUGGGAAAGGUGGGCUGCGCCUCGCAGAUUGGCAAACGGAGAGAGAACGAAGACCGUUUUGACAUGGCUCAGUUAACAGAGGAGGUGCUGUACUUCGCAGUGUUCGAUGGGCACGGGGGACCGGGCGCCGCGGAUUUCUGCCACACCCACAUGGAGAAAUGCAUUAUGGAUCGGCUUUCUAAGGAGAAGAACUUGGAAACUGUGUUGACUAUGGCUUUUCUAGAAAUAGAUAAAGCCUUUUCCAGGCAUGCCCACCUGUCUGCAGAUGCAACGAUUCUGAACUCUGGGACUACUGCCACAGUAGCCCUGUUGCGAGACGGUAUUGAACUGGUUGUAGCCAGUGUGGGGGACAGCCGGGCUAUAUUGUGUAGAAAAGGAAAACCCAUGAAACUGACCAUUGACCACACUCCAGAAAGAAAAGACGAAAAAGAAAGGAUCAAGAAAUGCGGCGGCUUUGUAUCCUGGAAUAGCUUGGGGCAGCCUCACGUAAAUGGCAGACUUGCAAUGACACGGAGUAUUGGAGAUUUGGAUCUCAAAAACAAUGGCGUGAUAGCAGAACCGGAAACAAAAAGGAUGAAGCUCCAUCAUGCUGAUGACAGCUUCCUGGUCCUCACCACAGAUGGGAUUAACUUUAUGGUGAAUAGUCAAGAGAUUUGUGACUUCAUCAGCCAGUGCCAUGACCCCAGUGAAGCAGCCCACGUGGUGAUUGAACAGGCAAUGCAAUACGGAACAGAAGAUAACAGUACUGCGGUGAUUGUGCCUUUUGGUGCCUGGGGAAAAUACAAGAACUCCGAAACCAACUUCUCAUUCAGCAGAAGCUUUGCCUCCAGUGGACGGUGGGCCUGAUCCCUGAUCGCUUACUGGGGUGGCGAUGUUUGUGCAGGAGUUUGUUCACGGAGCACGUGGGGGAAACUGAGCCAGUCAAUCAAAACAAUCACGUGUACCAGCAUGACACUAUGACGUACUAAAUCAGUACACAAGUCGGUGUAAAAUUAGUAACCACGUACAUAGUAGUGUUUCAUAAAGACCUACUAGGUGUAUGAUCGGCCCACCGCACUCACUAUAGAGAUCCAUGGAAUGAAGCUAUUGCAAGUCUGGAGUGAAUAACGGUCUUCCUGAGCAGAUGAGAUAUGGUUUUUAAUACACCUGCUGAGAGUGUUGACUUUGCUUCACUUUUCAGACUCCUAGGCAGCUCUGGGUUUCUUGUGGUCCUUUUGUUGCUCUUGAUUCACUCGAACAGCCUCAUGGUUUCAAGUUGUUCAAAACAAAGUCAGUAUUUUGACAGGUCGUCUGUGAGUUAUCUGCAAGUGUUUAUUUCUAACAUCUGCACCAAGGAGUAAGUCUGAAAACUAAAGUCUUGGUUUCUGUGUGUUCUAUUCUGGAUCACUUACUGGUAGAUGUUACAAUGCGAACGAAAUAGAUUCAGAUCCUGUGACAUUACUAAAUCCUGCGUGUAUUUGUGACCAGUAUACUCAUGUGUUACACCCGUGUCUCUGAGAUCUGGCCAUCAUCCAUUCCUGUUUUCUGUGGGUAAGAGACUUGACAUAGAUCUGACUCUUCCUUAACCUCAGAAAAUGCAUAGACUAAGACUCCUUUGGUCAAAACAACACAAGGUUAAAUACUGACAGUAUCAAGUAUUCUGUAUAAAGUUUUAAUUGGUUAUCUCUAAGUAGAUGUUUGUGUCUUGUUAUACUAUCUGUAUAUAUCUUUUGAUAUAGCAUCAGCAAGUUGGAGAGCUUUGUUAGUAAAAACAAUACCACAGUGAAUGAUGUUGCUAAAGGCAUAGAUUGAUUUACGUCUUCUUCUUUUUAGCUCAUCCCUAAGACUUAACGAGGAAGAAUAAUUCUAUGUAAUUUAGCAAUGUAAAUACUUCCUUUUCUCUGCAUGGUUUUUUUUCACUGUUAAAAUGUGAAUCUCUAAGUGUGUAUUUGGAAUUUUAUCUGCAGUUUAUUUCUGCAUAGUAUGUAAAUGUAUUAUAUGUGAUUGUAUAUUUGUAUAUUUGGGAGUAAUAUAAAGUUAAAGGGAACAAUCCUGUGUAGCUCCUUCACCAUUUAGCUUAAAUUAUUGAACCGAGAAGCUGAGGACUGUUUUCUGAUGGAGUCAAACCAGUGGUCAUUGUCAGAUGAGGAAACUAAGAAAGACAGUAGAAAAAUACAGUUGAUAAUUCACCUGGAAAACUAAGGAACAGAGUCAGCAUGUGGAAGUUAAAUUGCUAUUUGAUAAUUUGAAUAUAAAAUAACACACCCAACCAAUACCCAAGCCUACUGCGUUCAAGUUGAUUCUGAUGGACAGCAACCUUAUACACAGGGUUUCUAAGGCUGUAAAUCUUUAA